CAGAACCUUCGUAUCAGAGUACUUAAAGGAACAUUUGAACAUACAUAUUGAUAUUUUCCAGUCUCAGUUUAAACCCUCCCUCACGCGCAUAAUCUCUUUAAAGUUCGAAAAAUAUCCAACACCACACACAGAUUCCUCUCUCUCUAUAUAUCUCUCUCUCAAUGACGCGCUUCAAUGGCGGCUAUGUAUUUAUUUCUGUUAAACGUUGAGCCUGUUCUUUUAUUUGCAAUGGACAAUUACUCGCAAAUAGACGAAUCCAUGUUCUACUUUUGUUUCUUGGUCUUUUUCUUCACCUUCUUUCUAUUCAUUUUCUCUUACUCUGUGUAUAAAAGAUUGAAGAAAACCGAGCAGAAGCUAGAAGAGGAACAUAUCCAGAAGCCAAUUCAGAACGACCCGUUGCGAUUGGACUCAUUGGAGCGUUCUUCGGCUGAAACUGUGGGUAACGCCCAUGAAACCUGUGAAAAUGACCCGACCCAUUCGCUGCUUUUGGAGAUCUUGCCAACUGAUUCCCCGAAAUGGGAGUGUGUCUUUGGCGAAGAAAAGAGUGGUAACCCGGAUCCAAACGGGUCGGGCUCGGCUGAGAAUGGGGUUGAGUCGGUUGAGGAUCAGAGGGUGAAGAAGAAGAAGAAGAGGGCCAAGAAGAAAAGGCCGAAUUUGCAAGCUGAAAUGGGUGGCGAAGAGAGAAAAAUUUCGGAUUCGGGUUACCAGGUCAAGAAUGACUUGGUAUGCCUGUAUCCGUUUACAUCUUCAAGUAGUGGUAUGCAGAGGAGGAUCAAGCAGCAGUAUGAUGAGCUUGUGAAGUGCAAUGAGACCAGGGGACUAACGCUGGCACAGGUUGGAGAAUUUGCUAAUUGUUUGAUUGAGGCUAGAAAUGAGCUACAGCACAAGGCUGAUGUCAUCCAACGCAAGUUCACCAUAACAAAGGCUCUACUAUUCAAGGCAGACAGAUCUUCCUUUGACCGCCUUCGGAAGCAGAUAUACAAGCUAGAAGUAGAACAACAAAGACUAGAAGAGGAUGCAUUUGUUUAUAAUUGGCUUCAGCAACAGCUUAAACUCUCGCCGGCAUACAAGAAGAUGCUUGAAAUUAGCGCUUCCAUGGAGUUGAAGGCCAAAUCUGGUGAGAUGAUGGAAAGCACAGAUACCGACUUGGCUGACAUUUCUUUUGAAGAGUUUUUAGCGAAAGAAAAGAAGGAUUCAUUUUGGCAAAAAAAAUCAAGAUCGUGCUCAGGGUGAAGACUAUCCAUUUUUCUGACUCUAAAUUCCUAAUCAUGAGAUUCAGUUCAGUCGUCUGUAUAUCCAAUACGGAAGAGUUCUUCACUGUAACAGGAUCUUUUUUGGUUGCCUGUGCUUCUUUGUCACUCUUUUGAACAGGGAUAUAGCAAUAACUUUUGUCUGUUUAAAUUUUCUUUCCAGAAUUUUCCGGUGGAAGCUGGUUGAUCAUAUGUUUCUUGAAUGUAGCAUGCAACGUUCUGCUGAAA